AUGGGAAAAGCGAAGAAGGUAAAGCCUUCUAAAGGUGAAACAAAACUUCCGAAAGUUGGAUUGGCAGAUCAAAUAGAAGAAGAUAAAACAGUAAAAUCAAAGAACAGAAAUAAGAUCAGAAUUCGCAAUGAUGCAGAUGAAGAGUUCGUGGAGCCUUCUCUUACAAAAAGGAUUUUAUCACAAGCCAGACAGCAACAGAUAGAAAUUGAAGAAGAAAGUGGAAUAAGACCAACAUCAAAAUCUACAAGAAAACCAUUAGUAAAACUUGGAGCUGAGCUUAGUGAUACAGAAGAACAGUCAAGCGAAGAUGAACUGGAUGAUUCACACUAUUAUGAGGAUAUUCAAAUAAAUGAAGAAGAUGAGCGAGCUAUAGAAAUGUUCAUGUCUAAAGAUCCUACACCAAUGAAAACAUUAGCUGACAUAAUACUGGAAAAAUUAACAGAGAAGAAAACAGAAAUUGAAACUCAGUUUUCAGAUGUAGGUUCUAUGCAGAUGCAAGAUUUAGAUCCAAGAGUUAAAGCAAUGUAUGAAGGAGUCAGAGAUGUUUUGUCAAAAUAUCGAAGUGGAAAAUUACCCAAAGCAUUUAAGAUUGUGCCCAGCUUAAAAAAUUGGGAACAAAUAUUAUAUAUUACAGAUCCAACAAAAUGGUCAGCUGCAGCAAUGUACCAAGCUACUCGUAUAUUUGCUUCUAAUCUUAAAGAAAAGAUGGCACAAAGAUUUUAUAAUUUAGUAUUAUUACCUCGAAUUAGGGAUGACAUAGCAGAAUAUAAAAGACUGAAUUUUCAUUUGUAUCAAGCAUUGCGUAAAGCAUUAUUCAAACCUGCUGGUUUUAUGAAAGGAAUUUUACUUCCACUUUUAGAGUCUGGAACAUGUACAUUAAGAGAGGCUGUCAUCAUUGGAUCUGUAAUUGCAAAAAAUUCGAUACCAAUUUUACACUCUUCAGCAGCAAUGUUGAAAAUUGCAGAAAUGGAUUACACUGGAGCAAAUAGUAUCUUUCUUAGAAUAUUUUUUGAUAAAAAGUAUGCUCUACCAUAUAGGGUUAUAGAUGCUGUUGUAUUUCAUUUUAUUAGAUUUGAAAGGGACCCUAGAGAACUGCCAGUUUUAUGGCAUCAAUCAUUAUUAGUUUUCGUACAACGUUACAAAGGUGAUAUUAGUUCUGAACAAAGAGAAGCUUUGCUGGGACUAUUAAGAAAGCAAUCUCAUCAUUCAAUUACACCUGAAGUACGAAGAGAAUUACAACAUGCUAAAUGCAGAGAUGUAGAACUUACAGAACCUAAACCAGAACCAAUGGUUUGUUAAAUGUUCAUGUUAUAUCAACAUGUAUAAAUUUGUACUGUAAUUAUUCAGAGCAUUUAGUAAAUUAUUAACUUCCUUCAUAGUAUAAGAUCUUUUAUAUAUUCUAAAAACACUGUUAAUAUUUUACAAAUAAA